UGCUGCCGGGACCCGCCGCGGGCGGACGGGCGGGCCCUCCAUCUGUAACUCUGUCUGUAACUCUGUCCGUCCGCCCGUCGGUCGGUCCCAGCCGCCGCAGGUCCCCGAGGAGCCGCGGGCGUGAGUCCUGGCGAUGGCAGCGAUGACAGAGACCAACCAUAUCCAUGAAGUGAUGGAAGGGCCAGAAGGAGAUGAUGCCAAGUGCAGUUUCCAUCACACAAUGUUCCUGGAACCCCAAGAGAAGAAGAGGAACAUGAAGGCUCUGCUGGUUAAGAAAGCAAAGGAAACUUGCAGCUGCACCCCGGCCAAAAUUAAAGAUUGUAUUUUGGGGUUUUUCCCCAUCUUACAGUGGCUUCCUAAAUACAACCUCAGGGAGUACCUCCUGGGGGAUGUAAUGUCUGGUGUGAUCGUGGGGGUCCUGCUGGUCCCACAGUCCAUUGCCUACUCCCUCUUGGCAGGGCUGGAGCCCAUUUAUGGCCUUUACACCUCCUUUUUCUCCUGCAUCAUUUACUGCAUCUUCGGCACCUCCCGCCACAUCUCCGUCAGCAUCUUCGGCGUGGUGUGCCUGAUGCUGGGCCAGGUGGUGGACAGGGAGGUGGAGAGGGCUGGCUACCAGCUGGAGCCAGCUGUGCCCAGUGCCCUGCCAGGCCCAGGGGGGCACGGGAAUGGCACUGGGAACGGGACAGAGCCGCUCUGUGACAGCGGCUGCUACGCCAUGGCCGUGGCUGCCACCCUCACCUUCAUCUCGGGGGUGUACCAGGUGGCCAUGGGUUUCUUCCAGGUGGGCUUUGUCUCCGUGUACCUCUCGGAUUCUCUGCUGAGUGGGUUUGUCACAGGGGCCUCCAUCACUGUCCUGACCUCACAAGUCAAGUACCUGCUGGGCCUGGACAUUCCUCGCAGCGGGGGCGUGGGCUCCCUCAUCACCACCUGGAUAAACAUCUUCAGGAACAUCCACACCACCAACAUCUGUGACCUCAUCACCAGCUUCUUGUGCUUCCUGGUGCUCAUCCCAGCCAAAGAGCUUAACGAGCGCUUCAAAUCCAAGCUCAAGGCUCCGGUUCCGGUGGAGCUCUUCGUGGUUGUGGCAGCCACUCUGGCAUCUCACUUUGGGAAGCUGAGGGAGACUUAUGGCUCCAGCAUUUCAGGGCACAUCCCCACGGGGUUUCUGCCCCCGCGCCCUCCAGUCUGGACCCUGAUUCCCAGCGUGGCGUUGGAUGCCAUCCCCAUUGCCAUCAUUGGCUUUGCCAUCACCGUGUCCCUCUCGGAGAUGUUUGCCAAGAAGCACGGCUACUCCGUGAGGGCCAACCAGGAGAUGUACGCCAUUGGCUUCUGCAACAUCAUCCCCUCCUUCUUCCACUGCUUCACAACCAGCGCAGCUCUCGCCAAGACCCUGGUCAAGGAGUCCACGGGCUGCAGAACCCAGAUGUCCGGCAUGGUGACCAGCCUGGUGAUCCUCCUGGUCCUCCUCGUCAUCGCCCCUUUGUUCUACUCCCUGCAGAAAUGCGUCCUUGCCGUCAUAACCAUCGUCAACCUCCGCGGAGCCCUGCGCAAGUUCAGGGACCUGCCCAAGAUGUGGCACCUGAGCAGGGUGGACACGGUGAUCUGGGCGGUCACCAUGGCGGCCACGGCGCUCAUCAGCACCGAGAUCGGGCUCCUGGUGGGGGUUUGCUUCUCCAUGCUCUGCGUCAUCUUCCGCACCCAGCGCCCCGAGGCACCGCUGCUGGGCUGGGUGGCCGAGUCGGAGACCUACGAGUCCCUGUCUGCCUACAAGAACCUGCAAACCAAGCCUGGCGUGGUGGUGUUCCGCUUCGAGGCCCCCAUCUACUACAUCAACAAGGAGUGCUUCAAAUCCACCCUCUACAAGCAAACUGGGGUCAACCCUGCGUGGGUGAAGGCAGCCAAGAAGAAAGCAGAGAAAAGAAAGCUCAAGGAGAAGGAGGAGGGAUCUGGGGACAAGCAGAGCAGCGUCCCCGUGGAUUUGGGGUCGGAGCCUGUGGGGUUUCACACCAUCGUGAUCGACUGCUGCGCCGUGCAGUUCCUGGACACGGCUGGCAUCCGCACGCUCAAGGAGGUCUGCAAGGACUACAGGGACAUCGGCGUCCACGUGCUGCUGGCCCAGUGCAGCCCUUCUGUCAGGAGCUCCCUGCUCCGAGGGGAGUUCUUCCAGGAGGGGGAGGACCAGCUGCUCUUCCACAGCGUGCACCAGGCCGUGGACUUUGCCCUGGGCACGCAGGGGCACGGUGCUCUGAAGAAAUAGCUUGGAAAGAGAGGAAUUGGAACAAUGGCUGGGCAAACGUGUCUGUGUGUCUGUGAAAUCAAUGUGUGUGUGCUCAGGGAGCAGGGCAGGGUGGUGCCAGCACUCUGGUACCCUGCAAUCUCUCUGGAUUUUACCUGCCUGGGGUAGUGAUUCCAUGGGAGGUGCUGAAUGAAGGAAGUUCUUACCUUGAUUGUGGCCAAUGUGCAGAUCUUAAGUUUCCAUGGGGUUGUUCAGCUCAUGUCCUCUCUAGAGCUUUCUGGGUCUCAGUUCCACUCUGAAGUUGUGAUCAAGUCUUUUUUGCCACCCUGUCCUUGUGGAUGGGGUGGGAUUUUGGAGUAGUCUGGACAUCCUGUGCAGCUGAAGAAUGAGGCAACUCAUUUCUCAUCCCUCAUUCUGGCAUUGCUUUCCAUCACCACACCCUUGUGUUUGCCAAGGAAAGGCUGCCAGGGACUGUUUGCUCUGGUCUUUACUGGGCAGUGCUUGAAUUUGCAAUCUCCCUGAAUUUCAGAUAGAGAAAUCUAAUCUAAACAUGCAGGAAGAUAUCUUAAUUAAUAUCUUUUAAGCAAGCACCUCUCACCUCCAGAGGUUUUGGCACUGCCUCCUAAUUCAGCCAGGCCACAAGGACAUGGUUAUCUCAUUUCUGCACAGGCCUUUACCUGCCUGUGCCCAUGGAAAUGCUGCCUCUCCAGCUUGAUUUUAAUGAUUUUUUUUUUUCACAGAUGACUCUUUAGAAGUCUGAUUCAUCCUUAUGGUCAGUCAGUUGUUUUCCUAAUAUUUAGGAGCUCUUUAGAAUUAUGAACAUUAGAUAUGGAAAAUAUCUAGCUCUUUAAUUUUAACCAAAAAAAAGUCCCUUCUAGGCAGUUUUUUAUGCCAGGUAGAGAGAAUCACAGGCACCAAAGCGAAAAGGGACAAAUAAAUUAUCCAGCACGUGCCCAAAUGUGUCCAUGUCACAGCGACUGUGCAUGAAUGCAGGAUUUAUUGGCUAUAAAUAAACCCUUUGCUCUGUCCUGGACUUUAUGCAAUGGGAGUGCACAGACCAUUGGAAAAGGAGCCAGGAAAAUUCUUUCCUGGACCUUUUUUUUCUUACCAGGUCAGUAUAAAUAGAGCUUUUUCCUUUGAUUUUAAAUUCUGUGGAAGUGAAGAGUGCCUGUUCUUCAUGCUAAAAUACAAGGAUAGGAUUUUUUACUGCUUUCCUCCCUGCAGUAGAAUACAAUUGUGAAGGCAGAAUUGAGAGAUUAGUUUUUCCUGAAUAGCAACUCUACACAGCACACAUCCCUGCAAGAGGGUGCUUUCCUCCCAGAGGAGUUUACAAUCUGAAUUUCAGGUGCUUCACAGCUUUUAAAAGGGAAGGGUGCUGUGAACAGACAAUAUUCUCAUCCUUAAUAAUUUAAAAGUAAUGAAUCAGAAGUAAAAAAAGGUGUAAAAUCCAAUAUGAACAUUUGUGAAAUGUUUACUAAAUGGAAAGAGAUUUUGAGUUUAAACUGUUUUGUCAGUUGUUUUUGUUUGGGUUUUUUUUUUUCUGAGCAAGGGCCAGUAACCAUUCUCUUCUUUCUGUGAAAGCUGAAUAUCAUGGAUCACUUCACUCUGGGAGCCUCAGAGGAGCAUGAGGUAGCAGGAAGAUGAGUCCUUUUUGUGUUAGCUGAAUUUACUGCAUUUUUGGGGACACAGAGCAGCACAGAAGUGCUGAGGGAGGUGAGGGAUGGCUGCAGCACGGCUUGGAAAGGGAGAACCCCACUGAUACCUACCCAUGGCACCUCCUAGAACUGGCACUGGUGAGGAAAAAGCCUCUGUGUGACACUGGGAAAAGUCUGCAGUGUUCAAACCCCACAGAUGUUGUUCUGCCUCAGCCCUGAGGCUUCUUUAUGAAGGAGAUGAAUCCCAAAUUCUGCUGAAUUUUCCCUUUGCUGCUGUAACCUCCUGCAGGAACGUUUUCAUGCUGGGCUGAGGAUGCUUUGUGCAGCUUGGGGAGUUUGUGCUCACUGCAUUGGCAUUGCCAGGGAGGACUGGGCUGAGCGGUGAGGAGCAGUGGCAGGGUUACAUUUUGAGGCUGUAUUUCAGUUUUUAACCAAACCUGGUUUGUGUGCAGGGCCCCUGGGAGGGCAGGUUUGUCCCCACAGGGGUGGCAGUGCCAUGGCUUGGGGGAGUCCCUUUGCAGCUCAGUUUGCUCACAAGAUCAGAAAGAAUCUCUGGAACUUUGAACAGAAGCCUCGGUGCAGCUUUGAAAUGCUGAUUUUUAACUCCUCUUUUGCCAGAGGGCAGAGCAGCCCUGAAAGUGCUGAUGAAAAAGGACAGCACGAGGUGGUUGCAGAUGUUUUAUUUGUUAUUGCAAAUGUUCCUGCCUUCCUGCAGCUGCUUGUGCUCACCCCUCUGCCCUGAGGCAUGGGAGGAAGGAGCUGCUGGCCAGGACACUUCGGGGCAGCCACGAGUGGGACAAAAGUCAAAUAACAACUGCUCUGGGUGAUUCUUUCCUCUUCUCCUCUGUCCCAUGUUCUUUCCAUGCUGCCCAGGUGGAGAUUUUUUCGCUUGUGACCGUACACAGGUUUGUGUAACCAAAUUCCAAACCUUUAUUUAUUAAAAGAUGAUUUUGUAAAUCCAUUCCUACCUGUGCCAGGAAGGGAGGAAUAGCAGUGUUAGCUUCAAAAGGGACCCACUUCCUGCAACUAGUGGGAUGUGUAUUUGUGGCUCCUGGGUAUUUAUUUACAUAAAAGCACAAUAAAACAGCCAUAAAAUUAUUUUUCAGGUAAUUAAAUUAGAUGAUAUCUAAAAGAUGUGCUGAACAUUACCUGGAGCACGUUGCAUUUGGCCUCAGUGCUGUUUGUGCAGCCUCCAAAUUUCAUUUCCAGCAAAACACAAGAAGCUAUUAAAAUGCAGCAGCAAAAGCAGCCAGGCAACCAAAAUAAAUACUUUUAAUAUUCUUAUUUAAAAUUAAUAAGUAUCUAUUAAUGCACACUGUCCUGGCUAAAUGGGAACUGAAAUAAAUGCCAUUUGCCAGAGUUCAGUGCAAGAGGGAGUUCUUGGGAAUUAACUGGAGAUUAAAGCUGAUUAUGGCUGGAAUUUCUUACAACAGUGGGUUUCAGCCCUGUUCCUCUUAGGCCUGGAAUUGUUUUUUAGCAGUGACAUGGAUCUGGUUUGACCCUGCUGGCAAGCAGCACAUUUUUUGUGUAUGGACCCUUUAAAGCAAUCUAAUUUAUCUAUAUGAAUUGGGGAUCACUGAUUGGAAACAUUUCCUCCAAAGCAUUUGUUUAUAAAGGAAUCCAUAUAUUUAUAUAUUUAUGUUUUGCUGCUGUGAUGGAUGCAGCAGCUGAUAUCUCCAUUUAUGCUUUUGUGAUAUUCCUGUCCUGUCCUGGAAGGGGCUCUCCUGCCUUCUGCUGUUCGAAAUGAACAGUGCUGGGCAUGUGCUGGGCAUUUUUAAGGGGAAAUCUGCCAUACUCGCUGCUUCCUGUGCCUUCCCCCAUCCCCCGAAUUUGUGAAUGUGUGAAUUUGGCCCCUCAGAACGGUUGGGUUUGGGUUAUCCAUCAGUCUGGAGCAGGGAUCUUCCUUCCAGUGCAACCUGCAGAACCCCGGACCAGACUGGAAGCUGGUGUAAAUCAGCUCAGCUCUGUUCCCCAAUGUCCCAAUCAGCAAUUAUCAGUCUAAAUGAAGAAUUAAGAGAUCAUUAGCACAUUAAUGACAACAACAGAGCAUUAUGGAAAUGAACUCUCACUCUCAGCUGUACUGGAAAUCUCUUUAGCACUCUUCUGCUGAAUGCCAGGCUCUUUUUCUUCCUGAAAUGUUUCACUUGUCUGAGUGUACUGACACAAAAACAAUUUUCAGUCCUCCUCACAAACUUCAGGCACUGCAGUGGGCACGGGGAGCUCGUUUUGGGUUUCAUGCUGACAUUUCCAAGCUGGGACUGAGUGAUGCUGCUGUCCUGUAAGGCUCUGCAGCUCCAGCUCUGCAGGACCAGCUCCUCCUCCUGCUGCUGCUUCCUCCUGGGUUGUGCUGCCAGUCUCUCAAUAUUGACUGUAAACCCAAGAGGCUGUGUGUGAUGAGUUCCAUGUGACAUGUUGCGCCCUUUUUAUGAUCUUUUGAUAAAGCCAAAGUUCCUGAGCAGUAAAGUGAGUGUAAAACAGCCCCAAACGCUCCCAGUCCUCUGGGAGGACCAGGGCUGGGGCUCUGCUGGCUGAGGGGUCCCAGGCUGGAGCCCCGGCCUGGUUUGGGGCUGGCAGAGGGAUGGUGAGGCUGGCAGUGGGUUUGUGGGGCUGGCAGUGGGUUUGUGGGGCUGGCAGUGGGUUUGUGGGGCUGUUUGUGCUGCCCAGCUGAACCUGGAGGUGUCUUUAUUAUGGGAUUGCUGUGAUUUGUUGUGCCUUUGUCCACAGUGAGUGUGGCACAAGUAGAAAUCAGAGAUUUUUUGGGUUUGUGGCUUUUAAUUUUUGUGUCAUUGUAAUCUCAGUCCACACCUGGCUGUGAUUUGCUGUUGUGCCUUUGUCCACAGCGUGGCACAAGCAGAAAUCAGGGAUUUCUGGGUUUGUUGGUUUCUAUUUUUGUCUCACUGUAAUCUCAGCCACUCCUGGCUGUCCCAGCCAGGCCAGCAGAGCUGCACCAUGGAAGCUGCUCCCUCCUGGGAGGAAUCUCAGCCGCCCUUUUGUCUCUGCUGCCUUUUGCCAAGGGGUUGGAAUCCACUGCUGGUGGGGCUGAAGAGCAGAGGUGAGAACUGCAGGAAAAGCAGUUAAAUCCUGGCUUUGAGCCAUGCCCAGAGCCUUGGCCUGAGGUUGGUGAGCUCUGCCUGGGCUCUGUCCCAGGUCCAGCUGAGGGUGAAGCUCUUCAGGCCAAAACCUGCUUCAGGGCAUUAUCUUCUCUUGUGGCUUGGGUUUCUUCCACCUGCUUUGGAAAAGGGAUUAAACACUUCAGUUAAUUGACAUUUUUAGUUUUUUUGUUAAUGGACAUGGCUUAGGUGGUGAAGCUGAGAUGCAAAUAUUCCUGUGCUGCUCUUGCCAUGCUGGGCUCUGUGUUUGUGCCGCUGCCUUGGUGGAUUUCUCCACACCAGAAGGGUUUGCCCUUUCUCCUGGCACAGACAAGAGCAACCCUGGCUUUAGUGCAGCCUUGGCACUGGGAAUGACCUUGUUAAAUCCCAAGAAUUAAUUACACUGGGUCAUCAUCCUAAUGAGCCUUUGGAGGGUCAGCUGCUCGUGUGAAAAUCAACCUGAUUUUUAUCAUUUCAGUCAGAUUCUCUCCGAAGUGGAAAUCUUUCUGCGCCUUGCUUUUUCCUUGGAGAUCAUUGCAGUGCUAAAAGCAAGGCCUCUGGUUAGGUAAAAUGGCAAAUAUUUAAUAUUUAGAUUUAGUUCAUAGCAUAAUUAGUACCUGUCUAUUUUAUUUUCUAGAGAUUCUAUAAGCUAAGGCAUAAUGGUAUUUAAUGUGCAAAUUCAUCAAACGUUGCAGCAUUGGAUGGAGAACCAAAUUUCCAUUGAGGUAAAAUUACUGCUUUAAUAUUUGAAUCCCAGCUCUGACAGCACUUAGUCCAUCUCCCAAAUGAUCUAAAGAUUCCACAUGGAGGUGGGAAACAUUUUGUUGAAUUUGGGUCCAAUUUUUUAUAUUUGAUUUUUUUACUUAAAGAAGUAAAUUUUAGGUUUAUUUGAAAUGCAAUUGAAACAUGGUUAAGGAGAGGUAAAAUCUCGUUUUUUAUGACAAGCACAUGAUUCUUUGAGUCUUUAGUUUUGUGUUCCUGAAUAUCUCUAAUAUGUUCUUGGUAUGUCCUGGGGUUUUUUAAUAAUUGAAAUUUGGUGGUAAAUAAUUGAAAUUUGAGAAAAAAAUUGAAAUUUGAUGAUUUAAUAAUUGAAAUUCUGGUGAUUUUUUAAUAAUUGAAAAUUCAGAAUAAUUUUAGAUGUAAAUAAUCUUCUGCAGAACACACUAAGUGGCAAACUGUGCCUGGAGCUGGUUGGAGAACCAGUUUAACCAACCAGGACCUCAGGCCUGGCCUAGGUCCCAUUGGUCAGCAGAUCUGACCUGUUUACAAAAUAAUUUGUGUGUUACUGGAGUAAAAUGUGGGGAAAUUAUGGUGUGUGUGGAAAAGAUCACUUUAUUUUUUUGCUGUGAUUUGUCUGUGCAGUAAAAAGCAGGUGUAAAAGCCCCCAGGUGGGUGGUGGGGCACAGGGUGCUGGGGCAGCUGUGUCACCCUGUGGGGACAGAGCUGCUGCCACCAGCCCCUGCCUCAGUGCUGGGCUCACCAGCCACAGGUUUGUGGGGAAAAUUUGAUUUUGUCCCAUGUCCUGCCAUCAGUUCUGUGCCCAUCCCCUGCCUCGUGCUGGCUCUCUCUCCUUGCCCUGUCCUGUCCGAGCUGUACCCGUUGUUAUUCUUAACUGUUAAUUUGUUAGCACGAGAAUUUUCUGUCAAAUCUGGUAAAAUCACUGGGAUUUCUU